AUGGGGCUCGGUAGGGGACCGCUUCAGCUGUUGAUACCGCUGCUGCUGCUGCUGACCAUUCUCCGGUGGGGGACAGGCCUAGAGCGCAUCAGCUACGUGCCUCGGCUCGCAGACUCCAGCAAGCUGGAGGGCAAGGUCACCCAGUCCACCUUCACACUGGAGCAGCCUCGGGGUCAGUUCGGCCACCGAGACAUCUCCGACUCUGAUGCCAUCUGGCUGGUGGUAGCCCGAAGUGAUGCCAUCCGCAACUUCACCGCUCCACAGUCGAUGGAAGGCUUGCCUGCCCCAGCUGACCUCCCAGGGAAGGGUUAUUACCUCACGCUGCGGGCCCACCGCGCCCUCUACUCCAACAGCCAGGCCCACAACCAGCUCCAGGUCCUCCGGGUGGGCAAUGACACCCACUGCGCCCCCAACAAAACGGGCUGCAACCACCCCCUGCCGGGCCCGGGCCCCUACCGGGUGAAGUUCCUGGUGAUGAACCAGAGGGGGCCAGUGGCAGAAACAGAGUGGUCUGAUGAGACACGGCUGCAGAGAGUGGAGGUCCUGCAGGGGACUUCGGGGGUGCAGAGUGCGGGCACUGUGGUCAUCAUCGCUUUCCUGUCGCUGCUCCUGGCGGUGUUCCUUGCCACCCUCCUGGUCCUGCUCGUCUACACCUGCUUCGACACCUGUGGAAGUACGCGCAUUGCAGGCCCCACGGUGACGGAGUAUGUGAGCCGAUACAGCGCGCACCAGACCGCCAGCCCUGCGCCCUGGGCCCCCGCGCCUGCCCUGCAGCCUCGGUUGUAG